GUAUUCUAAAAGGAAGUUUUAAAUGUAUUCUCAAGUUAGUUUAGUGAAGGUGUGUUGAAUAAUAUGGUUGUAAUUUAAAACUCUGAAGCUUAAUCAUGGUAUUAGAUACAAUAGUCUGGACCUAGCGCAGAAUAAAACAAAGGAGAAUGGCACUCGUCUUAAGUACAGUAGUAUUACUUUUGACGCUUUUCACAGAUGCUGUGCUAACUGAAUGUUCUGCUGGCUGCACUUCCUGUUCCGGCUCAACAUGCUUAAAAUGUGAAUCGCCAUAUUAUUUAUCCGAUGGCUCCUGUUUUCUAUGUCCAGAAGACUGCUCUAGUUGUAACGGGUAUUAUAACUGUACUUCGUGCAAACCAGGUAAAUGGGGUUCAGAAAACCAAUGCCGGUAUACCUGUGUAGAUAAUUGUUAUAAUAAGGAAUGCCAGUAUGACACUGGCAUUUGCGUUCAGUGUAAAUCUGGGUUUUACGGCCUACAGUGUCAACGUGACUGUAGUGACUGUGAGGAUGAUCUUUGUGAUUUACGUAGAUGCACGCGCGGAUGUAAACAAGGAUAUUACGAGUACAACACUGAAUAUGUAUCAAUAUGUCAAACAUGUCCGACAGAUUGUAGAAAUUGUAGUGACGCAAGCAUAUGUCGUGUUUGCAAUGACGGUUUUCAUUUGUAUCAAUUUCAUUCAAAUGAAAAGGAUUUUGUUCAUUGUUUAAGCUGUUCUUUAGGAUCAAGCUGUUCAAAGUAUUGCGUCAUUCAAAACUGUAAUCAAUGCGAAGUCCAUGAUGAUAUUUUGGUGUGCACAGAUUGCCGUGAAGGAUAUAGAUUUAAUGGCAAGACAUGCAUAGUUAAUGCAAUAGGCUGUUCUCAAAAAUAUUCCUCUUAUUGUGAUGACGAUGGAAUAUGUUUAAGAAAUUGUAGUGCUGGAUGGACGGGUGAAAAAUGUUCUGACCAGUGUUCUGAUAAAUGCAUGACAUGCGAUAAAAGUAAUAGGGACAUUUGUCAACAGUGUAAAGGUGACUUUUACACUAUUAAUUGUACUGCCGCAUGUACUCCGUCAUGUAUCACAGUAGAAGGUAAACAAACGUGUAGACUAAAUGAUGGAUAUUGUUUGAAUGGAUGUGAACACAAUUUUUGGGGUUCUUUUUGUGACCAGCCCUGUCCUAACGGUUGUAUUGAAAACGGUUUAACUUCGAUAUGUGAAAGAAGCAACGGAACAUGUAAACAUGGAUGUAAGGACGGAACACGAUGGAGACAAAUGCGAUACUACUGUUACAAGCAAAACAACGAUAGUGUCUAAAGGUAUAUUACAAAGAAGUUAAAGUCACGUCAAGAUUCAAACAAGAGUUUUGAGAGGCCCACAUAUUAUAAUGAGGAUGUUGGUCAAACAGUUGAAAUACCAGAAGCGACUAACAGAACUAAUUAUGAGAGUCUCGGCAAUACCAGGAAAACGGACAAUGUUUGCAAUGAUUUAGAAACGACAACAGUACAAUAAUAUGCCUGAUUUUGCAACAUGUGAUUCAUAAACUCUACGACAACAGCAAGUGAAUUCGAGGAAGCUAAAGUUGUUAGUAAAACACUGGAAAAUGGCACUAGACGUAAGACAACUAGUAUUACUUCUGACACUUUUCAUGGAUGUUGUAAUGACUGCAACAACGACAACACAAGAACCAACAUCUACACAAAGUGUAUGUGAAGAAAAUGACAGCUACAGAAACAGUUUCAUCGAUGGCUUCUUUUCAGGGUUUGGAAUGGCUAUAGCCGUUGCAGCUAUUACAGUGAUCUUAUUUUAUUUAAGACGAAGGUAUAUUUCAAAGAAGUUAAAAUCACAGCAAGAUUCAAAUAAGACAAUUGAGAUGCCCACAUAUUAUAACGACGAUGUUGGUCAUACAACUGAAACACAAGAAGCGGCUAAUGAAACUAAUAACUAUUAGAGACUCGGCAAUACCAAGAACACGGAUAAUGUUUACAAUGAUUUAGAAACGGGAACAGUGCAAUAAUAUGCCUGGUUUCUUCAACCUGUGAAUCUCAAUGACAACCGCAUUUGCAUGUGAGGAGGGAGGGCGGCUGGAUCUUUCUCCACAGUCAAAAGCUUGAAAGUCGCCAUAUUACCUAUAAUUUAGACAUUGUACUAGAGAUCAAUCAAUGACACAAAUAUUAUUUACCUGUAUACCUGCAUGGCAUAAGUUAAUAGGAAUAAUGAAGUUAAUGUAUGGUUAUAAACUUAGUGAUAAGUCAUUUCAUUGUAAUGUCAAUUGUUCAUGGUAAAUACUGUAGUUUGUUCUUGUUUUUAUAUAUGAUGUGGGAUGUGGUACAUGUAACAUUAUAUCUAAAUUUUGAUAUUUUUCACUGUGAAAAUACCGUAUAUAUUUCACUCUAAUAUUUCGAUCAUUCACUUUCCAGACUGAAAACGGACCGACGCGCGAUCCUCUGGACAAUACGAAUUAGCUUUUAAAAUAUUUUGAAAAUUUUAAUUCACCUUAAACUUCGACGCUGAAUUCCUGCGUGUCUCAUUCUAGUAUAGCACACACAAAACCAAACAUGACCUGCAUAGUGCGAUCCGUAGACUGCGGAAGCGGAUCUGGGAUAUACAAGCAUUACUUUUUAAUCGUAAAACAAAAUUCAAUAUUAAUGGGGAUCUGCCAUUUUUACACAUUUAAAAAAAACAACAGAUAAUAAAUGUUGAACAAAUACAAAUGUGUCUACCGCACCGACAUUUGAUAGAUAAAUAUAUACUGAUUAAACAAGUCAGGUUUGAAGUUGUGUUACUAGGAUUGAGAUGUUAAAUAGUCACUAUAUGAAUAAACAUUUAUCAGCUUAUACGCAAAAGCAGUUCCCCUUAUUAUCCUUUGAUAAAUUAUAUAUUGUCUAAACUGUUGCAGUUAAAUAUUUCAAUCGUGUUUAACUUAAUACAGCCUUGUUAUCCUGCAAAUGUAAUUUGUUCACAAAACGGUCAUUAUAAGACACGAAUGAA